UUGAACAACACUUGUCUCUCCAUCAUCCUCAUUAUUGCUUUCCGCAAGGACGCUUUCUCAGCUUGCGGAUUGCACCUCUCCUCUCCUCUCCCCCCCCUCUUUCCCCUUUUCGCUCCUCUUUACAUAAUAUAAUCCCACAAUGGAGGACCAGUUCGGCGGCCGCACCGACGACGACCUGUUCUACGACGACUUCGAGCCCGUCGAUAGCGAACCCAUUGUCGUCCCCGACGACCCGCAGCCACCCCCUCAGCCUGCUCCCGCUCCUGAGCAGCAGCAACAAAAGCAAGCACCUGGGCGGCCUCAGCUUGCAGCUGCUGCUGCUCCUCCUGCGGUGCCGUCGUCUGCCUCGAAAAAACAGACGCAGCCCACAAAGAAACCCGCCACCGCAAAGCCCGCCGCAAAAUCCGCCCCGCCGACCAAAAUCCCGCCAUCUCUCGCCACGUCGCGAUGGGCAGACAAGCCAGCCGCCACGACGACUACCGCGACCCCGACUACGAAAGCAUCAUCCCCCGCGCCGCUCAAAGACUCCACAGCCGCCGACUCGAGACCCUCUGCUACCCCUACAUCGAGCUCUACUCCGCCCCGCGAUGAGCCCUCCGCGCCCUCGCUCGCAGCAGCCCCAACCAGCGGCAGCGCGCCCACUGAGCCCCCAGCCGAGCCUCCCAACACCACUGCUGCCGCCGUCGCUGCCAAAUCCCAGUCGGCGACAGCUGGAACAUCCUCGACCACGGCGCCGCCGCCAGCCAGCAGCGGCGCCAGCCGACCAGCGCCCAACACGGCCGCAAAUGCCGAGGCGCGCCUCAAGUCCGGCGCCAACCCGCGGCAGAAGCUGACCGACACGGAGCUCGCCGCCAAGAUGGAGCGCAUGAAGCUCCUGGCCGCGGAGCAGACGCGCAAGUUUGAGAUGUCGCAAAAGGACCAGCGCCAGCACGCCGAGUCGUACGCGCGCGGCAUGGAGGAGGCGCGCAAGCGCCGCGUCGAGGAUGCCGAGCGCAGACGUCGCGCCGACGAGGACCGCAGGCGCCUCGACGACGAGCGCGCGCGCAAUCGCGAGCGCAAGCUCAAGGCCAUGGGCGCCAAGGAGGGCGGCUGGGACGAGGGCAAGCUCGAGGCCCAAGAAGAGGAGGACAGGAAGGGGUUCCGCGGCGCAAACGGCGGCGUCAGGGGCGUGAGGAGGGAGGGCGGCGGGCUCGGCGGCAGUCGCUACGCUGCGCGCGAUGGCGACAACGUCCCCGACGUGGAUCGCUUCCUCGACGACAGAUAUCGUGGCGAUCGCGGCGGUCGAGGUGGGCGCGGUGGUGCUGGUCGGGGAGGGGCCGGCAGAGGAGGACGACAACAACCUUCGCCAGCUGGAGGAAAGCCCGCCAACGCCGCAGCUCCAUCCCUCGGUACAGACGAGUUCCCAGCCCUGCCCUCGGACGGCAAAAAGGCCGGCGGCGGCGGUAGCGCGAACCUGAGCCAAGGCACCGCCGUCCCGACGCCGCCUGCGCUGCCCAGCCCGCCCGCGGUAGGCAAGUGGGAUGACGAGAUGGAGGCCCUGGACGAGCUCAAAGAACACCAGCAGGGCAAGUAGAUUAGAAUUCCUGCACACUGGUCGCGGCAUAAGGCGAAGGGGGGUUAAUCUGGAAAGUGGCGACCAACCAACCAGGAAACGCCAGGAUAAUACCACAAACGAAAGUAUGAAGUAUGUUAGACGACGGACAUGACUUGGCGGCCAGCAUGGCAGUAAUGGGAUUCGGGAAAUUGGGGACGGCGCCCGCGUUCAUCGUUCCAAUGGGGUGCGUUGCAUGUCACUGAUCUGUGGGGGAGAAGGCAUCAAGUAUCAUACGCAAGAUACCAAAAAGUGCUCUGACAAUUUCAGCAAACGAUAA